AAUCAAAUGAAACCCUCCCUUUUAAAAAUACAAUAAAAGUAAACAUAACAAUAUAUCAUAGACUUAAACAAUAAAAAAUGUUUGAACUGCUUAAAUUAAGUGAUCAACAGUUGAGGUGAUGGGCUUUUGUGUUAGGCUGGUUACCAUGACAACGAAAUCUGUCCUCGGAUGGAGCCUAUUGCUUAAGCAGCCCAGUCUGAGGAAUAUAAGUGAACGCAUGACAGGCAAACAUCUGGUGUUUUCCUAUGGGACAUUGAAAUCUGGAGAGCCAAACUUUAAAGUGAUGAAUGACCCUAAGACUGGAAGCUCUACUUUUGUUGGAAGUGGAGAAACUGUCAAGAAAUUUCCUCUUGUAGUGGCUUCUGAAUACGCUGUUCCAUUUCUGUUGCUUGUGGAAGGCAAAGGAGAGAAUGUACAAGGAGAAAUUUAUGAAGUGGAUGAUUCUAAACUAGCUUCACUAGACGAGCUGGAGUGCCACCCAGAUUUUUAUCACAGAAAAAAGACUGAUAUAGUUAUGUAUGCAGAUCACCUGGGCAACAGACUCAUCCCCACUAUUGUCAAAGAGUGCUGGGUCUACUUCCUCCCACACUACAAACCUGAGAUGAUUGACCUACCUUACCUGAAGAACUACACUUCCAUUUCAGAUGAUCACCCACCUUAUGUAGAAAGUGAAACUUUGAGCCGUGUUGUUGAUAUAUGAUAACAUGUGCAUGUGGAGUUGUUAACAAGAGUGAUAUUAGCUGCAUCCAUUUAUUGCAUCUCAAGUUUUGUUGUGACUAAAUUGUAAUUUUUUAAAGUAACCAUUUUAAUAACAUGUAGAUCUAACUGGCAUGAACUUCUAUAACAAAUCAGUGGAAAGGUCAAUAGUUCCUUUGGCAUGUUAAUCUUUAAUUCAUUUGUUUUUUAUAAAUAAUUUAAAAUAUCUAACUAAAAAUUUGUAGAAAGAUAUAUUUCUGAAGUAAGUAAAUGUAUGUGUCUCUUGAUGCAAAAAUCUUGCAUUAAACUGAUUUUGUGUUACAAUGUAACUAUAAAUACAUUUGUAAACUCUUGGAUUUUUAAAAUAUUUACCUAAAAUGGGAAAAUAUUGUUAAUUAUGUCCAGCUCUUCAAAGUACCGAUCUAUUUGUGAAGAGUAAAGGUGAUUGUUCUACUGGCCAUUGGACAACCUUAUGAUGCAUAGAAUUUUAAAAUUUCCUUGAGGCAUAAGGCACUAUGUAGUCUCGUGUAGUUGAAAAGUCAUUACUUUUGUCUUAUGCCUACACACAUUAUGAAUAUAACUCUAUUACUAAAUAGAAGUAAAAAUGAUUUAUACUACACAUUUUAUUUAUUAUUUAUCCUAAAAUGCUCAAGCUUUUACAAGUAAAAAAAAAAAUUAAACUAAAACCACAAAUGGGCAUACUUUAUUAUAUUUCUGUUAGAAGAAGAAUUCUACACUAACCUUUUUUUUUAUUAACUCGUACAAGUGGAAUGUGUUUUUUAAUGUACUUUAUACAGUGAUAAAGCAUGCCACUCAAAAACAAACUUGAUUCUUAUCAAUAGCAUCAAUCAAAUGUAAAUAUUUCUUUUUAGUAUAUUUUUUUAAGCAUAUGCUGAAUUGCUCAAGUGAAAACAAAUUUGAAGUUGGUCCAAAGCGUAGUCUUGAAAUUUAGUGUGACCAUCUCCACAAGUCUCUUAAUUUAUUAAACACAGUUUUAGCUUUGUAGUAAUUUAUGUUCAUUAAUGGCUGCUCUUUUGAGUUGUGAUCAGUACAGGGCAGAUAGAAGAACUACUCUGUUGUGAAAAUUUGUGCUGCUCUUGAUAAGGGAUCUUCUUUGAGGGUCAGGUGCUUUGUGCUUUGGAAGUUGAGGUGGUUCUUGAUAUGGAUGUUAAGGUUUGGGAACUUCUUGAUAUGGAAGUUGAGGGCCAGGUCCUUCUUGAUACAGACACUUCUUUAAGGGUGGGGUGCUAUUCCAUAGUCUGCUAUGCAUAAAGUGUUGAAAGAAAAUAACUUAAAAUUUUGAAUUGAGUUUGUAAAUGUUGCACAAUAUCAAUUUUUUUUUGCAUGAAAUGUGCUGUGAUUACCUAAUAAAUGAUACUAACUUAAGUCAGAAAUUUAUUUCUAGCUGUAAGCAAUAUAAUGGGACAAUUGGAGUCUCAAGUUUUUUUUAAUAUCAGUUUAAUGCAACAAUGAUAUGGGUACCAGGGUUGAUGUCAUUUAUAUUCUUUAUUGUAUUAAUACUUUAUUUUUUACUGUUUGUAUUUUAAAUAAAAUCAUUGUUUUUUUUACUCUCACAUGUUACUACUGUUUUAUUUUUUUUUAAAUCGAGAUAGUAGUAAGUAGUAGUAAAGUUCUCCUUUUAGACCUUGUGGUCCAUAGGGCAGAUGAUGUAAAGAUAGUAGCAAUGUAAAACAUAGUCUGUUGGUUUUCUUACUUUUUUUUUAAAUUCAAAGUUGUGAAAUUAAUGAAGUAAAAUUCUUCUCAAUUAUUUGUUA